AAAACAAAUGUAGCAAAAAUGAAAGUUCAAAAUUCAGUUGUUUCUUAUGCGACGCAUUUCCUUGCUGUGUUCUUCCUCUAUGUAGAUGUUUAAUCUAAGUUCAAAAUUUCCAUGAAAAGAACGCUUACAUCGAUUGGCGAACAAGGUUGUCAUGUCUUCAACCAAAAUCUCAAAAUUACCCAAUUGGGGAAAUCCGGUCGAAUCGAAGAUGCCAUCAAAAUUUUCUCGCGAAUGUCCCAAAAAAAUACCGUAACUUACAAUUCUAUGAUCUCUGCAUACGCCAAAAAUGGCCGAAUUAAAUGUGCACGGGCUCUAUUUGAAAAAAUGCCUCGUAAGAACUUGGUAUCUUGGAACACCAUGAUUGCCGGUUACUUACACAAUGACAAGUUUGAUGAAGCAUACCAAUUGUUCGUCGAAAUGCCCGAGAGAGACCUCUUUUCAUGGACUUUGAUGAUUACUUGCUACACCCGUAAUGGGAAGCUUGAAAAGUCUAGAGAACUAUUGGAUUCACUUCCUUGCAAUUAUAAGAAAAACACAGCUUGUUGGAAUGCUGUUAUUGCAGGUUAUUCCAAGGAAGGGAAAUAUGAUGAGGCCAAGAGGUUGUUUGAUGAAAUGCCGGUUAAGGAUUCAGUUUCUUGGAAUUCAAUGCUAGCGGGAUAUACCCAAAAUAGAGAAAUGCGUUUAGGGUUGCAGUUUUUUCGAGAAAUGGAUCACCGUACUGUAGUUUCCUGGAAUUUGAUGGUGGAUGGACUUAUUAAAGUAGGUGACUUGGAUUCUGCCUGGAAGUUUUUUAAAAAAAUUCCAGAGCCAAACAUUGUUUCUUGGGUUACAAUGUUGUGUGGAUUUGCGAGAAAUGGAAAGAUUUUUGAGGCUAGGAGACUCUUUGACCAAAUGCCAAGCCGAAAUGUGGUUUCUUGGAAUGCUAUGAUUUCAGCUUAUGUUCAGAACUCUCAAAUUGAUGAAGCUAAUAAGCUUUUUGAAGAGAUGCCACAGAGGGAUUCCGUGUCAUGGACUGCAAUGAUUAAUGGGUAUGUUCGUGCUGGUCAACUUGACCAUGCAAGAGAGUUACUUGAUAAAAUGCCCUACAAGAACAUUCCUGCUCAAACUGCAAUGAUAUCUGGUUAUGUGCAAUAUAAUAAAAUGGAUGAAGCUAGACAAAUCUUCAAUGAGACAGACACCCAUGACGUGGUUUGUUGGAACACCAUGAUUGCAGGAUAUACACAGUACGGGAGAAUGGAUGAAGCUAUCCUUCUAUUCAAACAAAUGGCCAAUAAGGACAUAGUUUCAUGGAAUACUAUGAUUGUUGCUUAUGCUCGAGUGGGAAAGAUGGACGAUGCUCUAAAGAUCUUUAAAGAAAUGGGGGAGAGGAAUAUAGUUUCUUGGAAUUCUUUAAUUUCUGGUUUCAUGUUAAAUGGGUUGUAUUUGGAUGCACUAAGGUUUUUUGUGUUGAUGCAGCAUGAAGGAAAGAAACCUGAUCAAUCAACUUUUGCUUGUGGACUAAGUUCAUGUGCUGUUGUUGCAGCCUUGCAAGUGGGCAGACAACUUCACCAUCUUGUUAUCAAGAGUGGGUAUGUGAAUGAUUUGUUUGUAUGCAAUGCUUUGAUUACCAUGUAUUCUAAAUGUGGAAGAAUCUCUGAUAGUGAGCUUGUGUUCAAAGGAAUUGAUCAUGCUGAUACGGUUUCCUGGAAUUCUAUGAUUAUUGGGUAUGCAUUAAAUGGAUAUGGACGAGAGGCUCUUAAACUCUUUCAGGAGAUGGCAUUAAAGGGGAUAGUCCCUGAUCAAGUCACUUUCGUUGGUCUUUUAUCUUCAUGCAGUCAUGCUGGCCUCAUUGAUCAGGGUGUAGAAUUGUUUCGAAGCAUGACUGAGAUGUAUGCAAUAGAGUCAUCCGCUGAGCACUACGCUUGCCUUGUUGACUUGCUUGGGCGGUUGGGGAGGUUAGAUGAGGCUUUUGAAAUAGUUAGGGGAAUGGAAAUCAAGGCCAAUGCUGGUGUGUGGGGUGCACUGCUUGCGGCUUGCCGGAUGCAUAGGAAUUUAGAACUUGGAAAAUUAGCUGCCCAGAAGCUUUUGGAAUUUGAACCUGAUAAGACAUCAAAUUAUGUGCUCUUAUCCAACAUGCAUGCUGAGGCAGGUAGAUGGAGUGAGGUAAAGGAAGUGAGGAUGUCCAUGAAGGAUGUUAGAAAUGGGAAGCAACCGGGCUGCAGCUGGAUUGAAUUUAGAAAUCAGGUAAGUACUUUUCUCUCUUAUGAUUUUACUUGCCUUAGAGCUGCAGAGAUUCAUGGUACUCUACAAACCUUAACUGCUCAGAUGAGACACACAGUUCACAUGUCUGAACUCUGCACUUGACAAUUAUGAUUAUGCUUUUUUUUAUCACAAAGAAAUGGGAAGGCUAACCGCAUUAGUUAUUUUACCUGUUGUAUGCUAUUGGCAUAUUGUACAUUAAGAAACAUAGGCUUCUUAGAGAAUUCAUUUGAGAGUGUAUAUAAUUAUAUGUCUUGUGCUCAUUUUGCAUUUCAACGCUGUUAUUUCUCUGGUUUUA